AUGUUUGUUGUGGUGCUGGAAGCACGUGUUGGUGACGAACGGUCGGUUCUGAUUGACAAAGUUCUGCAAUCUCCCGCCACUGUCACAUCGAGAACCAAGCCCAAAGCGGCCAAUAAAAUGAGCGUUUGUAGAUUCACCAGGUCCAGUCCGACCAUUCCAGUCCCCGACAAGAAUCAGCGGAUCGCGGUGAGGGAAUCUUUCAAAUAACGCUUGCAGCUGCGAGUAAAACACCUUUUUAUCGCGCCGUUAGACAGCUGAAGUUGUUGCAUGCACUGAGACGGCCGGGAUGUUCGUGAAGUGACCGUCUAGUUGCCCGUAGACCAUCCGGUCAUUGAUUGGUUCCCAAGUAAGUGAAGUAUGAUUCGCUUCUUGAAAUAGGGCGAUCGCCACAUCGUGUCUGCAGAGGGUACAGGGUGAAGUGUGAGUUGGCUACGGGAAUCUUUGUUUCCCAAGAGCCUGAGCCGGGAAGUCGGGCUUCAGGCAGGCAGCAGACAUCCACAUUGUACUGAUAGAGGCUGCGCGCGGUCAGACUUUGGGUACCAGGGUCCAGGAACGUUCGCACAUUUCAGCACCCAAUAUCAAGAGUCCGUGCCCGAUUGGGCAGUCCAGCCUGCAUACUAUUCGCCUGCACCAAGGUUUCGGAGCACGUCCGCUCCCACGGGCGCCGUAGCAUGGAACGUAAUACUGUAUUCGGACGUACACUAGGUGGGCUAACACACGAAAUGUCAACCGAAAUUCUGAAAUGCGUUUUCGUUUCUAAAAGAUUGAUUAAGUAAGGUUGUUAAAGUAGCCAGCCUGCAACAUAAUUCUAUAAUAUUUCAAUUACCUCAGGAUGCCGGUUUUCGAGGGAACUUCCUUCCGGCUGCGUGCAAAAACUACACCGUAAAAAAUGACUACUUAUGUAGCCUGAAUUUUUCUCAUUGUUUUUCAAUGCCCCUAAAAGUUCAGUUAUAUUUCAUGGAAAACAUGCAUAAAAAUAUUCAUUCUUUUGCUCAUUCGGUAGACAAUUACGUCUUCUUCUAAUUUUAUACUCGAAAGAGGGACAUAAUUCGGUUUCAGAGUUUCCGAACUACAAGCCGUAUAUUUUUCGCGUACGGAAAACCACACAUUUCUCUACGGUAAGAAGGGGGGACCAUAUAGGGUUCAUAAAAUUAAGUAGUGGAUUUGAUCCAUAUUGUUAACUUUACAAGCCACAUUGGUAAAUGCAGAGAUGGCGAUUUAUGAACGGCCAUUUCACGGUAUUUAAAAGUCCCACAAUUAGAAACUUCUUUAAAAGCGAAUUAUGUGCCUCCUUCGAGUAGAGAAUUAGAAGAAGACGUAAUUUACUACCGAAUGGGCAAACGAAAUAAUAUUUUUAAGCAUGUUUUCCAUUAAGUAUAAUUGGACUUUUAGGGGCAUCGAAAAUAAAUGAGAAAAAUUCAUGCUAAUCAAGUAGUCAUUUUUUACAGAAUGUAGUUUUUGCAUGCAGCCGGAAAGAAGUUCAUUCGAAAGCCGGCAUCCUGAGGUAACUGAAUUAUUAUAGAAUUAUGCUGCACGAUGAUGAGUUUUACAACCCUUCUUAAUUAAUCUUUUCGAAACGAAAACGCAUUUUGGAAUUUCGGUUGACAUUUCAUGAGUUAGCCCACCUACCGUAUCUUCAUGAGGUUUCUUGGAAAAUAUGGAUACGGGUGAGUCCCCCAACAGCCGCUUGAAUUAUUUGAUUAGGCUCAAUAAUCUAAUCACAAGGCAGUAGUGGCAAACGAACUUAUUUAAUGGUGGUUCACGGUCGCCAUGCCUCAGUGCCGUUAUCGGGCUUUGCGGAUUUUUUAUAAGGCAUGCAGCGUGCCAGACCUCAGCCCUCCGUAGCCUGGUAGGACUGCUGCUGCUGCUGCUGCUGCGGCUGCUGCUGCUGCUGCUGCUGCUGCUGCUGCUGCUGCUGCUGCUGCUGCUGCUGCUGCUGCUGCUGCUGCUGCUGCUGCUGCUGCUGCUGCUGCUGCUGCUGCUGCUGCUGCUGCUGGUGGUGGUGGUGGUGGUGGUGGUGGUGGUGGUGGUGGUGGUGGUGGUGGUGGUGGUGGUGGUGGUGGUUCGCGACUGCCUAUUCGUCAUUCCUGA